AUGGCUAUUAAGAAAGAAUCUAAUUCCUCGUUGGAGAGGGAGAAGUCGAUCGACUUGGUUUUGUCUUGUUCAACUGUAUCUUGGCCGGUUAUUGAUAGUUCUGAUCGAUUCAUUAGUUUUCGCCUCCUUGUGAUUGGGAAGAAAGAAAUACACUAUACAGGUAAAAAAAUGGCUUACUCCGGUGUAGUGUUGGCUUUGAUUUUUUAUUUGGUGGCUGGAUCGGCUGUGGCUCAGGCUCCGGCAGCCUCGCCGACGGUCGCGCCGAAUGCUGCUCCCAUUGGUUCAGUGCCUAAACACGCUCCAACACCAUCUCCUUCCGGUGUCUCGACACCGGCCCCAACCACAGCUUCGCCUUCUGAGUCUCCUCUGUCUUCACCUCCUGCUCCUCCAGCUGGUGCUCCCACUGGAUCCACCGCUUCUCCGCCGUCCAUUGCUUCCGCUCCAGGCGGUGCUGCUCCUGGUUCCUCUCCCAACUCAGAUGCUUCGAGCAGAGUCGGAGUGGCUGGAUCUGCUGCCAUAUUGUUCUUCUUUGCCACGUUUUUGCAUUAG